UCUGUUUCUGGGGGUUCUGGUGGCAAUAGCUGUGACGCCGGGGAGAAGUUUGAACAGUUUGUGUUUGGGGUCAGCAGUGAUGCUUGCUGCCUGUUUUUUGAGUCUGGCCUGAUAAAGAUGCUAAAUAGAGGGAAGCUCAGUCCCGAUGACCUUUUCUGCUGACUGGACCACCCGCUGCAGUCUGUGGCUGUCCUGCUUAGUGGCUGAACCAAACCAUACAGUUUGCAAACGCUUUGCAUAUGAAAAUAGUCUAACCACUUGACACCUAAAAAAGUCUGGUUUUGUGUGGUUCACUACAGACACUUCAGGUCUCACUUUCUUACACCUGUCAGCUGGAUUUUGAUCCUUCAGAUAAACAAUGGAGUUUUAUGUGAUCAUGAGUCUUCUCAUCUUUGGGUGCAGCCUCAGCUCCUACUCUCAGGUCCUCCUGCAUACGUACAUGUACAGCUACGUUAAAAUAAAAACGACCUGGGCUGGCGCUCAGCAGUACUGCAGAGACAACUAUGACGACCUGGCAACCAUCACAAACUCAAAGGACAUGAGCAAUUCUGUAUUUACCAAUUCACCAGUGUGGAUAGGACUACAUGACGACCCAAACGCCUGGAAGUAUAACAUGGGCAAUGAGUCCAACUCCUGGAGGUGGUCAGCAACUGGUGAAACAAGCCCAACUGGUUAUAAAAACUGGUCGGCUGGUGAACCUGACAAUGGGGGUGGACAUGAAUUCUGCGUAGUGAUGGAUCCUAAUGGACAAUGGAGUGAUGUGAUCUGUGAUCAAUUAAAUUUCUUUGUUUGUUACAAUAUGACAAACCAAAAUCAAACAAUUUAUGUGUUUGUCGCAAACAACUUCACAUGGAAUUCUGCUCAAGCAUAUUGCAGACAAUACUACACAGACCUGACUACAAUCGACUACAGUGAUGACAAUGCUGCCGUCUAUUCUGCAAAACCACAAACACAACCAGUUUGGAUUGGUUUGUACCGAGUGCCUUGGACCUGGUCUAACAACUCUCCCAGCCUCUACAGAAACUGGUUUUACCUCAAGCCAGACAAUUACUAUCAUGCAGAGUUCUGUGGGUACAUAUCAUCUUCUAACCAUCAGUGGGAUGACAUUUCUUGUGACAGUGUUAUGUCCUUCAUCUGCCAACAAGUUUCAAAACAGAAAACCAUUAUGAGGAUUAAAAUCAAGACUGAUGCAGACAUGACCAAGUCAGUUUUUAAUACCCAGAUCCUCCAGCAGAUAGGUGUAAAGCUGAGCAUUCAGGGAUGGACUGGAUUGUAUCUGCAGUGGAACACUGAACCCCAAGGCAGAAACUGAUCCUGCAAUUUUUCGUAAAUAUGCACGUCGGCUGCAUUUCAUCUGUAUAUAUGUGUGUGAGCUUCCUUCACCUCCCUGAUUUUGACGGACUUCUCUGGACACUCCUCCCCGUCCCCUGACCUGAAUGCUUUCUUUUUCAUUCAGGGCGGCUUUCAUUUGAAGAGUGUACAUUUGUACAUUUUUUCAUAGACGUGCCCUCUAAUCCGGUUCUCUUUGGGUUUAAGAGAAAUUCUAAGAGCUUAAUCGGUGCAUAGUAAAGUCUCUAUGCAAAGCUUUACUAUGUCACACAGGAAGUCUCACAAAUACUUUCGUGUGUUGUGAAAACCAGAGGAUCAAAUGUGCCUCGAGAUAUUAAGCUGAGCUUUGAAUAGUUAAAUGAAUCUCAACAGGUAAUGUGAAGUUAAGGUUGACUGGUCAAAAGUUGAUGGUACUGUAGCAACCCACGUCUGGACCUGGGCCCACCCCUACUUUAGAGAAUUCAUGUUUGGUUGAAC